CCCAGCAGGCAGUUCGGCGCGCGAAUUUGGAUUUAGUUGUUGUGGAGUUGUCAACAUGGAAGUACUUUACUCCAUUAACAUGUCAGCCUAACUACUUCAUUCCUCACAUAAACCUCUGCGUCUUUCCUGGACUCGUUGGUGUAAGAGGUGUUUAUUCCGAAAGUGUGUAGCGAGCCUCCGGGUGGACGUUUGGCUAGUUAGCGUUAGCUGUAGUGUUGGCUGGUAGUAGGAGAGCUGGCUGGGUUUUUGCAGUGAGUGGAGGAUGAGCAGCCCAGGACAGAGCAGCAGAACCCCCAAACCAGCUGACCUCUUUGAAGAUUUAUGGAGGCAGCUGGGAGAGUGCCACCAGAACACACUUCAAGAACUGGAGGCAAAAGUGAGCAAGUUGAAGAAGGAGCGCUGUUUGGAUGCUCAAAGACUUGAGGUGUUUCACAGUCGCAACCAGCAGCUGAAGGAGCAAAACAAAACCCUGCAGGAUGCUAUCAGUCUCCUGGAGGAAAGGCUCCGUGCAGGAGAGUGUGAUCGAUGUACCAUCUUAAGGGAGAACCUGAAAAACAACCAGGAUCAGAAUUUGUGCCUGAUUGCCAAACUGAAGAAUGAAAGAAACAGCCUCGAGGAUGAAAACAGAAAACUACAUGCUGAACUUCAAAAGUUAAAAAUGUCUUGCUCACAGCCCCGGCAGGCCUCCUCCCCCGAAACGGAAGAAGGCAUCAUCCCAGACUCACCAGUCCUGCCAAGCUCGCUGCCUGUGGCAAACAAACUGAGGAAACGUAAACAUAUGGACAAAAUGAAGCACGUUCGCUAUGCAGAGAUGCCUCUACCACAGUCUAACAAGUCACUCUUCAACGAACUGAAUAAGGAGCUUGUUGACGCUACAAAGAAUCCUGGAAGAGCAGAAGUACUUGUACCCAACACAUGUGAACUGGACACACCCCACGUCUCAAAUGAUGUGAAUCUAUAUCUGGAUGAAGCGAUAGCAGAAACCUGCGGCCUUGAACUUCUUGACAAGCCUCACAGGACAUCUGCAGGCCAGAAAAGCAGCUCGAAAGCUUCUUGGAAGUGUGACGUUAGUUUAAAGCCUUGCUGCUCCUCCUUUUCAUCCAUGCCCAUCCACAGUCCAGACUCGACCACAGAGACGUCGCCGUCACUUAUCUCACGUGUCAAACGGCUUUCGGAGAGCGGCUCCAUUAACAAAGCAAAACGGGCGAAGGGGGACCGCGAACCGGAGGUGCAAGAAGAGGACAGACAAGGAAUCCAGCAAGCGGUUGGCAAACAGUGGGAAGGCAGACACACACAACCUGACCUGAUCAAACGAACCUCCACACGUUUAGGCAGUCAAAGCUUCAAGAAGGUGCCGUUGGACAGCCAGGUUCAGUCAACACAAAAUGGGACGUCUAACCAAAGGCCAGAUGUUUCCUGUGCAAGUCCUGCUUUCAAGAAGCCAGAUGUUAAAGAAGCAAACAAAGACGGCUUUAGGAAGAAAGGAAACCCUCUGCAAGAUCUGAAUGCCUCCCAUCUUCAACCUGAAGGAGAAGAUGCAGUUGAAUUUCAUGUGACCACGAUGACUCUGCUCUCCCCAGCUGUGAGGGGGGGGAAAGUGGAGCCCAUGUGGAGCAUUGACCCUGCGCUCGCCCUGUCCAUGUAUGAAAGUGAAUGGAGAGGUGACGAGCCAAAGGAAGAACAGUGUCUUGGAGAACUGGUAGAUACCGACUGCACUUGGGUCAGUCACAGCUUACUCCAGUGUCGGGGAGAAAAUGCCCGGGACAGUGUGUCUGGUCUAGGCAAGAAGGCAAAUGACAGUCUGGAUAUGAUGUUUGACACAACAGCUUAUGGAGAGUACAAGUCUUACAACAGUUCAUGCUUAGGCCAGAGCCAGCCCUGUGGUGGUGGUGAUGAUGAUGAUGCAGGUGAUUACGAAGAAGGAGAAGAGGAGGAUGAUGAACAAGAUCUUCCUGAAAACAGCCAAAAUAAAGGGCACAAUGCACGAUGCCCAACAUUUGCACACGUGGCCGUGGUUCGCAAGAAAGACGAGAGACGAAAACUUAAGGGCACCACCUGUAAGGAGUGUGACAUUUAUUACGCUCAUCUCCCAGAGGAGGAAAAACAGAAAAAGUUGUCUGCGUGCUCAAGGCACAGAUUUCUUUAUAUUCCUCCUUGUACUCCUGAAAAUUUCUGGGAAGUUGGAUUCCCAUCAACUCAAACAUGCAUUGAGAGAGGUUAUAUCAAGGAAGAAAAGAACCCACAGGCACGUUCUCGGAGAAGACAACCAUUCAAUGCUUUAUUCUCCCCAAAGUCGAAAAAACAGGAGAGCUAAGUGGAAGAACAGUUUGGAUUGGCCCAUUUAAAUAAACACAUCACAGUGUAC